AUCCAGUUUCUGAACAUCUAUCAAUAUCAAUAAUGAGGUCUCUAGGGGGUUUGUGAUUGAUUUUCUUUCCUGCGAAAUUCACUGAAAAAGUAAUAUUACAGCAAUUGGAAUUCCUUGAAAAACCUAUUAAUCUGCAGAAUAAAUGUUGCACAAUGUCAGACCCAGAACCAGAUCAGAAUGAGCGCGAGAUGCUAAGCAUGUUCGCCAGCGUCUGGGUGAAGGUGGAGGUUAAUGACGAAGGUCAGGAGAGCAGCAAUGAGCAUCCGGCUAGUGAUGGCGAUGAGGGCGAGGUUCAAGAAGUCAAAAAGAAAAAAAAGAAGAAGAAAUCAGAAUCCCCUUCAAAGAAACCUAUUCUAAGCUGUGAUCUCUGCGAAUAUAAAACUGUCUACAAAAACUGCAUGGAUUUCCACGUUAUGGGCCAUAAUAAACUAAAACCUUAUGCUUGUGAAAUUUGUGAUUACUGCACUAAGUACCCUACCUCAUUGCAAAGACAUAUGACAAUACAACACAACUUAAAAAUCAAGGCGUCCGGAGGAAAAUUAGAAGAGCACUUCUGCGAUGAUUGUACGUACAAAACAUAUUUCAAAUGGAAUCUAAAGGCACAUAAGCGUAAACAUAAAGAAGAAAAACAAUAUAAAUGCGAACAUUGUGAGUAUGAGACGGCUUACAGACAUAAUUUCAUGAAACAUAGACGAGUACAUAAUAAGCAAGAAGUAAUUUUCAAAUGUGACAAAUGUCCAUUUGUGACCAAAUUUGAAGGACAUAUAUCGAGGCAUUUGGCUAAAAUUCAUAAUGAGGUAUCCGAGAAAGCCAAUAAGUGUGAUGUCUGUGAUUUCUCCACUAAAGUCAAAUGGAGAUUGAACGUUCAUAAACGGAGAAGCAUGCAAACAAACAAAUUGAAGUGUACAUACUGUGAAUUUGAAACGAUAUACAUGUGUGAGUCUAAGAAACAUAAAUUGAAACAUUAUUCCGAAGUUCAGACAGACAGAAAAAGUGAAAAUACUUCUGAACAGAGUAAAAAAACUGAAAAUAAGCCUGAAGUUUCUACUGAACUACCGGACAAUGAUGAUGCAAGUCAAUCGGAUGGGAAUACACAAGUGUUUGAUAAAAAUCUCUACUUAGUAGACACAAAGAACGAAGUAGAAUGGCAUACAAUAAAAGUCAUAGAAUCCAAAUCUAAAGAACGUCCGUUCCAGUGCACAAGUUGUAAAUACACAUCAAGAUUUAAAGCGUCCGUACAGAGGCACUUUCAAAGACAUCACACCGGCAGUCAGAACCGGCCAUACAAAUGCUGUAAUUGUGACUUUUCUACCAAAACUAAAGAUCAAAUCGGUUUGCACAACAAACGCAGUCAGUCGGAACAAGCGUUACAAUGUACGGAGUGUUCCUUUAAAACUUAUUUCAAAUGCCAAUUUGUAAUGCAUCAGAAAAAUCAUUAUGCACACAAAUGUACGGAGUGCAAUUAUACUUGCAGACAUAAGUAUGAAAUACAAAAACAUAUUUAUACUAUACAUAUGGGUAACGGGCUAAAAUGUCGAUUCUGUGAUUAUAAAGCUACGAGAAAAGAAAGCUUGCUUUGCCACGAAACUAUUCAUACUGGUAAUAAGCCCUUUAAAUGUGAAUAUUGUGAUUAUAAAUCAGUCAGAAAAACUUUGCUUGAUAAUCAUAUGAAGAGGUAUCAUAAUGAAAUAAGAAAGGCACCCGUUAUUGUAGACGAAAGUAAAAUUCAAUCGUUAAAAAUUAAUGUUGGUGAUCGAUUAAGUGAUGAUUUAAUACAAACUAUUAGGGAACAAAAUCUUACUAUUGAUGAUCUUUUGCAAGCUCAGACGUUGCAAGAAUUUACUUCAGUCAUUAAUCCAAAUAAUGAACUCGUUUAGAAAUUAUCUCUUAUACAUAGGCGUGAUGACGUAAAAAAAAUGCGAUUCUAAUUAGUCCAUCAUUUAGAUUACCAAAAAAUAGUGGAUAUGUAUUUUUACUUUUUCAGAACAUUAAAAAUUCUCUGGAAUAUAAGGCUCAAUUCACACCAAAAGCGCGGCGCCGCGGGCAUCCGCGCGACUCGUUCGAGUUUCUCAUACGAAAAUACAUAUACAUUAUAGUAAUGGGAAUAAAGUAAAAAUUCAAAUGACACUCAAACCGCGCUUCGCUUCGCUGCCCUUCGCCGCGCUUUUGGUGUGAAUUGAGCCUAAGGCAUUAAAGGUUGGUAAGGUUUGUGACGUCACAUUUAAGUAAAAUUUAUACCUAAAAGUGACGUAACACAAAUUUAAAACGUGUUGUAUCUUCGUUAUUAUUGGUUUGCGAGAGAAAAUAAAAAAUACGUGUCCAUUAUUUUAAGGUUAUCUAAAAGACGGACUAAUUAGAAUCUACUUUUUUUCAUUCGUCACGCCUAUUUUUAAAUAACUGCCUAUCUAUUAGUUACAACAUCUCAGAAAUAUGUAACUAAAGAAAAACUUUUAGUAGGACCUAAAAUAAAUUUAAGGUUGAAUCUCAGAAAUUGCUAGCUAAGAUCAAUGCUCAAGCCUUCUCAUUAUGAGAAGAGAUCUUUCUUUCAGAAGACUUCUUGGCUAGUUCUGAUGAAAGAACGAAAGAAAUAAUGUCUUAUAUAAAUUAAAUUAUUAUCCAAAAUUACAUUAUGUAAAAAAGAUGCGAGAUAAUCUUCCUAUAAUGGCCCAAAUUCAUUGACAACUUAAAACUUCCAUUUUCUGAAAACAACUGUUUAGUUUGAAAACAAUGUAGAACAGUGUCAAUUGGAUAUCAAUUGAAUCAUCUCAAUAGCAUUUUUAACCUUAGCGGGAAUUCUGCUACUAAUAUCAGACCAAUAGUAUUCUAAUGACAUUUCAUUGGUUUGCGAUUGAUCUGCCAUUUGGUCUGGGGUAGACUGCUCUACAAUCAUAUUGCAAUCGUAAAUCAAUUGCAAACAAUACGAUUCAUUAUUGAAUCACAGAAAAGGAUAAAAACGUUUAUUUACAACAAAAAUUUGCGGAAUGCCACAUACGCUUCAAUCGUAAUUGAGUCCUGAUUGAAUCUUAGUUGAAUAUCAAUCGUAUGUCGCUUAAGUAAAAUUUGCAGAAUCAAGGCCCAAUUGUUUUAAGAAAAUUGACGUUUAUGUUGUUGGUGUACUUGGGCCUCAUCUUUCUCUUACUCGCAUUACUUAGAUUGCUAUAAUAUUAUAUAGUCCUUGUUUAUUUUAUGUUACUAGUUUAAAUGAUAGAAUUGCUAUGUUUUAAUUAAUUAUUAUAUAUUAACUAUAUAAGUCGAUAUGUAAUAAAUAUUCCUUUCUUUAUAUCUA